UGAGGUAGGUGUAGAAAUCAUACACAUAUCUCGCCGAAACUUGUGUUUUUUCCUCAUCAACCGAGAAGACAACGAUUAUUUAUUUAGUGCUAUCUGGGCGUACAGUGCCAAACAUGUAUAUAAAAGCCUUAUUCCGAUGCAGAGACAUGCUGAAAGGAGAAUUGAUCGUGUGAAAAAUGCUUGGCUAGCUUAAUCAAUGCUAGCUAACGAGCAGAGGGGGCCGUAAAAAAAAAAACCGAAAGUGGCUAACAUUAACGAGAGCUUGAACCCUAUCACAACAAGCUCUGGGUAAUUAAAUCAUACCUGCCGCUGAAGCCACACCAAGAAGAAAAAGGAGAGGAAAAAGAAGGAGAAGAAGGACUGAUAGAGAUAGUUGCCUUGCCUACAAAGUAGCAGUGGGUCUCUCUAGGGCAGAGCCAUGGGUGCGUUCCUAGAUAAGCCCAAAACCGAGAAGCAUAACUCACAUGGUGAGGGGAAGGGCCUCCGCUAUGGGCUGAGCUCCAUGCAGGGCUGGCGGGUGGAGAUGGAGGAUGCUCACACAGCUGUGUUGGGACUUCCUGCUCCCGGUAUGACUGACUGGUCCUUUUUUGCUGUCUACGACGGUCACGCUGGCUCUAGGGUCGCCAACUACUGCUCUAAGCAUCUUCUGGAACACAUAAUCGGUGCUAGCUUAGGGGCCGGAGGAAUGCAAAGCUCCCAAGCUGGUUCAGACAGCACUACCAGUGACACCCCGACACAGAUCCCUCCCCCAGUGGAGGCUGUGAAAGCCGGGAUCCGGACAGGCUUCCUGAGGAUCGACGAACACAUGCGCAGCUUCUCUGACCUGCGAAACGGCAUGGAUCGCAGUGGAUCCACAGCAGUGGGGAUCCUCCUGUCCCCCGAACAUUUCUUUUUCAUUAACUGUGGUGAUUCUCGAGCCGUUCUCUACCGAAAUUCACACGUGUGCUUCUCCACGCUUGACCACAAGCCUUGCAACCCACGUGAGAGAGAGCGCAUCCAUAAUGCUGGUGGCUCAGUGAUGAUCCAGAGGGUGAACGGGUCACUGGCUGUAUCGCGGGCCUUGGGGGACUACGAUUAUAAGUGCGUGGAUGGCAAGGGCCCCACCGAGCAGCUGGUUAGCCCUGAACCGGAAGUGUUUGAGAUGGUUCGGGCCCCUGAGCAGGAUCAGUUUGUGAUCCUGGCCUGUGACGGUAUCUGGGAUGUCAUGUCCAAUGAGGAGCUGUGCGAGUUUGUGAAAUCUAGGCUUGAGGUGUCUGAUGACCUAGAAAGAGUCUGCAAUGAAGUAGUGGACACCUGCCUGCACAAGGGGAGUCGGGAUAACAUGAGUAUUGUGUUAGUGUGUUUGCCGAACGCGCCCAAAGUGUCAGAGGAAGCUGUGAGGAAAGAUGCUGACCUCAACAAAUACCUGGAGUCUCGAGUGGAAGAAAUGCUGUCUCGGCCAGGGGAGGACGGGUAUCCAGACCUGGUUACAGUGCUGAGGAACCUGUCCACUGACAGCGGCAUGCCUACUUUGCCACCAGGGGGAGGCCUUGCCAGCAAACGCAGUGUUAUUGAAGCAGUAUACAACCGUCUGAACCCAUACCGGGAAGAAGACGGGAGUGGAGCUGAGUUGGAGUACCACUGGUAGCUGUCCAGCACAACUGCCUGACCCAAAAAAAUACAACAAGAAACAACAACACAGGACCACUUUUCCACACAAGAUCACAUCCGUAGUCACCUUCUAAUUUCCCCUGGGUUAUUUUUGUUAUUUUUAUCUGACAAGAAGAGAUCAACAAAAGAAGAAAUCCUAAAUACACAUAACACAAAGUAGAGGAUUGGAAAAGCAGAUUAUAUUGGUUCUUUUUAUAGAACAAAAUAGGGGUAGGGGGGAAAAUAAGAACAACAGCAUUAAUGGUCUGAAAGCAGAGCUGCAUAUACAGUAUAUACACCAAAAGAGAAGCCAACAAGCACAGUUUUCCCUGCUCCUUGUUUUCUUGCUUUUCUUUGCUGUAGUUGUUUUUGUCGUGGACUGACUGAGACCCUGCUAUGAACACCUUGAUGAUCUUGGAUGCCUCGAUCAGAACCCAGAGAGAGAAUGGAAGACUUCGCAACACGCCAGCCAGCCAGCCAGCAAGCCAGCAAGCCAGCAAGCCAUUACCAAACUAACCUCACGGACAUUUAGAAAAAAUUGAAUGGACUAAAGCCCUGAUCUACCAGUUGAGGCAAGCUUGGCAUGUUCUGGGCAUUACUGGUACUCAAAUGGAACCCCCCCCCCCCCCCCAAUGCUUCACCUGCGCCCCCUGCUGGAGAAAAACUCACAGAACUCCUUGAUUUAAAAGCCCCAAACUCCUUACUAUUCUAAAACCUACAGGAGGACCUGAUCAUGAGAUUACUGGGUCCCUGAAAAAGGCGUCCAGACUAAAGUAAGACUUGGGCUGGUGGCAGAAAGGCAUUACGUGGACAUUUAAACUCAAUUGUGACGACUCGUCCUGCUCGUCCCUGCUCACAUUUUCUCCCUUCGUCUCUCCAAGGAUGUAAUCAGAUGUUUGUUUUAUCACUCUUCCCCCUCUGUCUCUCUCUCUCUCUCUUUUUGCUUUCUCGGUCUCUUCAUAUGACAGAACAGACUUGGCUGCCAUUUGCAUUGGCAGAUGUUGCCAGAAUCAUAAGCUUUUUAGCCUGCUGUUGUUUAAGAGAUAGAAAGAUAGAAAUUAUAUAUUAAAUUCAUAUAUAUAAAUAUAAAUAUAUAUACAUAUAGAUAUAUAUUUUGAUUUGAUUCUGUCAUCUUGAUUCCCAGCCAUGGUAUUCAUUGUGGCCUAAUGUAUGUGUGUGUGUGUGGUCCGUGUGUGUGUGCCUAUGUGCGCACACAUGCAUAUGUGUAUGUUUGUGUGUGUGGACAAACUAAAACACGGAGAAGACAUGGUUGCACACACGGUGUCUCCACACAGCAGCAUUCCAAAGACAGGGUUCGGGGUAAAGGGAUUCCAGCCUGACCCCCUUCUCUCCCCCACCAACCCCCCUUCAACCCACGUACACACACACACAAUCCUGCUCUUGCCUUUUCUAUCUUGAAUAUCCUGUGUUAAGAAAAAAAUGUUUUGAAUCGAAAAAAAUUCCAUCAUUUACUUUUUCUUUUUUUAAUUCUUUUUAUAUUUUUUUUAUGUACUGCUAUUCAGAGUACUGUGGCUGUGGUCUGAUUACAGAUGGAUAAAGAAACAACAGCACACCUUGUACAGCAGAUUUGGGAGAGAGAAGUAGGUUUUUUGGUGUUUCACUGUAUGAAGUAAAGGAGGGACACUGUAGGACAGAGGAUUGUCCUUUUCAUUUUUCCACAGCUACCUUCAAUAAACUUUGCCUCAAAGGCACAGAAAGGUUGCUGGGAAAGUCCUGGUUCGACAUCCUUGCCUUGACCAGGAGUUCAUUUCAUUUCUGUCAACCCAAGCACUAAAAAAAAAUGAGUGAAACUUGAGACAAAACCUCAACCUCCUUCUUUUCAGUCUUUUUGAAACUUAUAUGUGCAUAAGACUUGUGGGUGCACAUACUUCACAUGUAGUAUGCUUUUCCAUAGAUGCAUUUAAAAUCGGCUGCAAGUAUAUACAAAACUGUAAUAUACACUUUUUUCCGAUCAUUAAAUGGCGAUGUCAUUGUGCUUUCUGAGGUGGCAGUAUUGGAAGAGAAUAGGCCUAACACAGUUUGCUGGCUGGUUAAUGUUCUUGUGGUACACCAGCUCUUGGUGCCAUAUGACAAAUAGGUACUUGAAUGUGUAGUUCUUUUGCAGUUGCAUUGUUUUAAUGGGAUGAUUGAUUUUUCUUUUUUUUCUUUGUUUGUGGUGGAGGGAUCGGGAGGGGUGGGGGUCUUUAUAGAUGUGCAUGUUAUGUGAUUGAGGGAGGAGUGUAUUUUGUGUGUGAGUGGGAGAUGUACUGGGUGGGUGGGGAUUAUGUGGGCAUGCUCAGUGUGGUGCAACACAAUGUAAGAGAGGAAAGGGGAUGAUUUAAAAAAAAUAAAAAAGUGAGUGUUAUUUUUCUCUCAGUAACUUUUAAUUGCUAGUUGGUGCAUUAGGUUGAUGAUUUUUUAACCCCAAAACAGGCAAAGGUUAAUGUUUUUUUUACACUGCAUCUGAUUUGAUAUUGCUUCUGAAAUAAAAUCCCCAUGUGGACUCCUAUGUUAUAUUUCAUAACUGAUAUUUCCUGAUUUUUUUUUACAUUGUUUAAGUUUCACCACACUGAACACAGCCUCAGUUUAGGUUUAAGUUUAUGUUUAAGCUAUAUCAGACACUGGGCUAGGAGAGGAAUUGAGGGAGGGAAGGAGGGAGAAACAUUUAUUUUCUGAAUGUAAUUCAUCAUUAUUCACACUGAUUCCACUGCAUGGACUGAAUACAAGCAGCACUGCAGCAUCACAUUCUCUCUUUAGUCAUUUAAUGACAAAAAGCUCUCUUGGCUACCUUGAUUUUUUGAAAAAAUGAGUUUUUCUAAGGUUUGGUGAUUCCUGAAUGAUUUGCCUGUGACUUGUUGCUUUGGUUUAAGGAUAUAUAUAUAUAUAUAUAAGGUAAAGAGAAUUUUACAAAGCAGAUUGUCUCCUGAACCUGUCACUUAAUCCAGGUUGAGCGGGUUGAUGUGACCAUAGCUACGCAGCAAGAGACAGACAUAAAAAAACUUGAUGUUUAUUCUGACUUUUUUGAGAUGAUAAUGCACCCUCGUACUCUUUGCCACUUCCAUCUAAUGUCUCUUGUAUUACUGGCCAUGAUAAAUUCCACAUUUGUUUUUGUUUUUUUUAUUUAUUCCAAUGCUUUUAAGGUAUUCUAAAAGUGCUGUAUUUUGAAGACAAAGAGAUUACAAUAAGCUGAUGUGCAUUUGAGAGAGAUGUAUGACUUUUUAGUCGACUCGCCUUCACAUGUGACCCUCUGAAAGGAUCAAAAGGUCCAUUGGGGUCACAGUGAGGUUGAGGAGACACCCAGGAUUUCCACCAUCCCUUACCCUUCUUCCUGUACUAUUUUCCCAGUAUGAUAUUGUGAUGUUACAGACCAUACAGUGAACAUAAACGUCAAUAAAAAGAUGGAUUU